UGACUGAUUUAUAAAGCGUUAUUUGUUGACUAAUACGCAUGUCGCAAGUGUAUCAAAGAAAUUGACAGAAACUUAAUACUUCUUUGUUUAACGUAGAAGGUGCAUGUUGUGGGGAUACGUUUAGGAUAUUGUUUUCAUCAUUAAUAUUGGACAUUAGGGAAACGGUUAAAGUUAAGAAAAUUAAGAAAAAGUGACACAAUUUAACGUAAUGGAAUUAAAAUUGUUUCUGGUCAUGGCACUAAUUAGUGUCCACGUAAAUGCUCAGUUACAAACAGAAAAUACAACAAUGGCAGGGUUUAAUACAACAGAUACAUUUCAACAAAGUACCAUAACAGAAAACCCGACUAUGUCAAACGUAACAGAAAACCAGACUAAGUCGAACGAAAUAGACCAGACAACAGGGGCUUCAUUUAAUACUGGUACAGAUCAGACUACUCAGCAGUCAAUUGUUGCUGUAGAGGGAACAACUGAAGAAUCUACAUCUGUAAAAUAUACUUCUACAACAAAGCAAACUUCAGAGGGGGCGUUUGAUGUUACAACUUCAACACAUGUAGAAAGGAGUACUAUAUCUGGUAAAGAAGUUGAUUCAAAAACAGAAUUAUCAACAGAAAAUACGAUGUCUGGGAAAACAGAAAUAAGCACCAUUACAACUGGUGAACAACAACAAGAAGUUACUACUACUUUAUCAACAACUGAGACAACAACAAAGACAACUGAUAAAUCUACCUCUGUUAUGCCGGAGGAAAAGGCUACAACCAUGGUUAAUGAAAAAGAUCAUGGCAUAAUGAGCACCGACUCAGUAGAGAAAACAUCAACGGAAAAUUCUCCGGAACAAUUUUUCAAUUGGUUGGACAACAUCAAACAGAAGAACCAUACUGAUACAAACGUGACAGAAAAGGAAGAAAACACUAACAACGACAGAACAAAUAACUUGAAGAAUUCAAUACAUGACCAUCACCAUAACGAGAUUAAUCCGGAAAAAAUGUCACCAAAGGAAUUUUUUGAAUGGUUAGAUAGUAUUCACCCAGAUUCUAAUUCAACCACAGUUAAAAAUAUAAUUGAUACAAGCAUUAUAUCAACAGGAAAACUAAUUAUUGUCAUAAGUACAAUAUGUGGUACUUUUGUAUUGUUUGUGGCAAUCUUAAUAGCUAUAUCAUGUUGUAGAAGGAAAAGAAACUUGAGAAAUGACUCAGAAAAAAGCGAUUUUUCUAUGAAUUCAGUCAUUUCAGUUCCAGAGAAACGAAACUCUCAAAGUUCUGACAUAUUUACGCCUGACAAAAAUGGAUUUAAUAACGUAUUCAUGGGAAUCCCAGCUAAUAAUGAUGUGUGGAAAAAAUUAGAACAACUUUCCCCUACCGCUUCCGCAGUAAUGCCGGAAAGUACUAAAAUGUAAAUAUAAAACGAUUUAUCGAAUUUAUUCACAUGUUUAUUGAUUAUGUGAUUCAGGUUGUUUGUAAAACCCCUCGAUAGAGGAAGUGAUUUAAAUCCGGUUUCGUAACUUAUUUUCCGACAAUUUGUCAAUCCUUUAUUACGAUUUUGCCUACGUUCGUUAUUAUUCGCAAAAUGUGUUUACGUGUGUUUAACGUUAAAACUACCCUCCUGUUGAUGAAAAAGUUUCCGAAACUGAUAACUAUAUAUUUAAUGACGCAUUAAGUUUGUUACUAUUUUUAGUUUUAUAUAUAAGCUGAUUGACUCUUGAUUGUUUACAUGUUGCUAUUUUUUUUUGUUUUUAUUUUUUUCUUCUUCAAUGUUUAAUUUUUCACUUUUUUUAAAUUUCAUUUUAUGUAGGUAAAUCAUCAUUGAUCAUUUUGUUUGGGAAUUACUCUAAAUAAUUUUAUUUCGCCAUCAUUAUAAACUUGUGUUAUAUUUUGUUCUUGUUGUGUCAAAAUACAGACUCGUGAUAUUACUGUUAUUAUUAUAUCAUCAGGAUAGACGCAUUUACCAAAACAUUUAUUAUAAUUAUUAUAUUUUUUUCCUCAUUGUUCAAAUGUAUUGUUUACAUAUUAGAACUGAAUUCCCAUGAUCUCAUUUUCACAGAUAUGUGUUACAUAUAUUUUACAGAGGUCUAGUCGAGUUUAGAAACACUGUUUAUGAAUUUAUCAUCAUUAAUUAGGUGCUAUUUUUAAAAUAUGACUCUGAUUUUUAAAAAUAUAUAUGAAACAUCGUAUAUAUAUUUAGAAGGGAGUGGGGGAGGAGUGAAUACGGGUUUUCAUUGUAGGUUUAAAAUCAAAAUGUAUAACUAUGAUAAAAAAUAGAUUCAUUGUAGGUCAUAGUUAUUCUUGUCAUUUAGAAUUAGAACAAUUAAACCAUAUCACGCACAUAUGAAGAUAUUUUUUCGUCAAACAAACGCACAUCAAUGACAGUUUUGCGUAUUAAAACAGUUACAUAAUUAAUUGUACCUUUUUUCUGGUAAACGACAUGUAAUGAAUGCAGAAAUAAUGAGUUAUUUUCUUAGUUCCCUAUAACACCAGUAAAUUCAAAUUUCCUAUACAGAAAAAUCGAUGAUUAUAGAUGAUACAUUCUGUAUUUUAAGUAUUAUUUUCUUACUGUUCCCAUCUUAUUAGAGAAUUAUGCUUAUAUCAAUUAGUUUCAUCGCAAACUUUUUUGUCCGUAGAAGAAAAAAACAAUGUUGCGAAAUUCUUGGCAUGUUUCUUUUGAUUUAACUAACUGAAGCACGAGGUUUAAGUAAAGUAGUUUUAACUAUUUUGAUCAUUGAUAUCUUUACAUUCACCUUCAACAAAGGUUUGCGACUCAUUAAUCACCUAAUUGCUAUUUUUUCCCAUUUAUCGGUGUUUCUGUUGUUUUUUUUAUUCAUUUUUCCCUUUUAAAUGAACGUCAUGGUUUUUAAUGUAAGCUUUAAAGUUGACGAGAAACAGUCAUUAAUGUCCAUCCACGCCACAAAAGUUCACAUUGUAAAGAAAGAUAGAACGACAAAAACAUGUUUAUACGUAAAUAUACUCGUUAACGCAUAUCCUAAUGUUCCGCUUACCUGUCCGCUAAUUGAUUACACGUCUACGUUAUUUAAUUGCGUAUCUAUUCGUGAGUAAGACGUUUUCAAUAAAUCAAAUUGCAGGUAUUCAUAUGUUUAUAUGCAGCCGAGAUAUUGUCAUACAUCGAAUAUUGAUAUUUUUAUAAUUCACAGUCAUCAGUUUAUCACCUUUUUAUAUGACUUUUGCUAUUUUUACCAAUUGUUUAUACACAUUAUAUGAAUGAGAUCGUUUCAGGUUGUCAAUAAAUUAUUACCAAGUGAUUACUUACUAA